ACCAUCUCUCCUCCACGUUAUCCGAUGAGCCUAUAAACAAAACAAACAAAUAAUACAAAUAAAAAUUGGAACUAGAUAUGAGUAGUUAAAGCCCAAAUUAGCUUUGCCGAUUGAAAUCAUCACUCGAAUUCCAGUAAUCUGCAGGGAACACUAUAUGCGUCGGAUUUGUUUGUGAAACCAAUGGACUGAGUUGGAUAAUGGGUCCUGAUUUGGAGCUUAAAGGAAGAAUCGACAGCAUGGUUAGUUUGGAUGGCAAGGAGAAUGGAGGAGCUUUAAGAGAACCUGUAGCUAUGAAUAUGACCUGUGUAAGUAAUUACCAGGACAACAUUUUUGAUUUGGAAGCCUCAAUACAUGAACAAGCUGAGCAAGUUAACCAGGUUGAGAAAUCCGGGGUCAAGAUCAUGGAAUGUACAAUUCACAGUGACAAUUCACAAAAUGGAGAUGCAUCGCAUGAUACUACCGAGUAUUCUAGUUCUUUUGGUAAUACUGCUUCGGGAGAUGAGAGUGAUGAUUCUUUGAGUGAUUCUGAAGGUAUGUCAAAGUUACUUGACAAUGGACUUGGCGAAGACUGUCGAAUGAGGAAGAAAAGGUUGACAUCUCAUUGGAAAACAUUUAUACAGCCUUAUAUGUGGAGGUGUAAAUGGGCUGAACUGCAAAUCAGGAGAUUACUUUACCAAGCUUCAAAGUACGACUUGCAAGCCGAGGAAAUAAACAGAAGGAAGCAGUUAACUUCGGAGGACUUGGCCGUUGGCAAUUCUGGUGUAAAGUCGCCUUCAAUUCCUGGUAGCAUGCAAAAAGAAAAAAUUAUGAAGCGAAGAAAAAGAAAAAGGGUGGAAGACUCAACUGAUAAAGCAGCAUACAUGGCACAACACAUCCUGUUCUCUUAUUCUGGGAGUAACAAGACUAGCACUGAUGUGGCUCCUAAAAGUGAUUGUGCAAAUUUAGGUAUUCCAAUGGACAGGAAAGUAGGCUCUAUGUUUGGGCCUAGUGAUGAGCCAGUAUCUCUUGAAUUCAGAAAUGACGAUAAUUCUUUGGAACAAAUACUUUGGAAUAUUGGAGUGUUACAAUCACAUCUUAGUGGGCUUAAGGCCAGAUUUAAAGAGGUACUGAGUGAAAACGCCACUGAGAUUUAUUCUGCUGAUGUGUUGAAGUUACCUAAUGCGUCAACAGGCUUUCCCCAAAGUAAUGUUUCUACAAGUGAGGGGGAAAAAAUAGUACAAUUUUCUAGUAUUGCAUCUCAUCUCAUGCCCAAAUUGGAUAUGUCUGGAAAUGCUAUAUCCACUCAUGGAGAGGCAGCUCAUCUUCCAGAUUCCAAAUUGGAUAAGACUAAAUGCAAAGUUCAGCUCCAGAUUCAGGAACCAUGUAAAAAUGAGGGGGAUGGACAUUUGACAAAUAAUAGCACUAAAAAAGAGCUGGAUGACAUUGUGAAAGCUGAGAUUCAGCCCACUGAGAAGCUUGAGACAUCAAAGGAAGAGCAGGCCAACAUUGUUCCUACUAUUCUAAUGCCCACAGAUGACCAGUCUACUCCAAAAAUACAUUCCAUGUCGAAGCUAAAGACUUCAAAUAAUAAGAGGAAGAGGGGUCGGCGAAAGGCUGGUAGGUGGCAUUGUAGAUCCUAGUAAGCCCCUGUACAUUUUUCGGGAUUCGCUGGAUGCAUAUGUUUUGUACUCCCCCUCAGUGCCCAGUCUCUCAAGUCUCAACUUCUAACAGUAUUGUUACGUGUUUAUAAUGCUAAAGAAUAAUACAAACUGUGUUUUAAUCUGCUGUGCUCUGUUGAGGAUCUUCCUGUCAGAAAAAAGUUCAUGGGCUUGAAUGUCUUCAGUCUGCA